CGGUGGCCAAGAUGGCGUUGGAGGGUGAUUUGGGCAGGUAGUGGGACCGGUGCUUGGCUGACUCCACCAUCAAGCUGGGUGCUGGCUUUGGGUUGGGGGUUGUCUUCUCGGUCAUCAUCUUCAAAAGGACGAUGUGGCCCAUCACUCUUGGGUCAGGAAUGGGUUUAGGAAUGGCUUAUUCAAACUGCCAGCAUAACUUCCGGUCUCCUUACCUUCUCCAUGGGCAGUUUGUCAAGGAGCAAUGACGCAGGCCUGACCCACACCUCUCUUUUGUCAGAGGAACAGUUUCACCUUGGCAAUUCCUUGGGAAGGUCGAAGCGUCCCAGCCUUGAGGCAACAGCUUUUGGAAGCGCUUGGCCCAUUGCUC